GAGCCGCCUUCCCACCACCACCGGCGCCACCGACCGGCCACCACCGGGGGACCCGCCUGGGGCCAGCAGCGGGUCGGAGAAGAUUCCCCGCCGGAGCCGCGCAGCUCGUCCCAGCGCCAGAAACAAAUGGAGGACGGUAAGACAUCUCACCACGGAAAAACUCCUGAUCCAUGCCCCAGUGAAUGGUUAGGUUAUAAAAGGAAAUGUUAUUUCAUCUCAGAGGAGGAGGAAAACUGGACGUCUUGUCAGAUCUUCUGCGCUAAGAAUCAAUCCUUGCUAGCCGUUUUUGACGGAUGGGAAGAAAUGCAUUCCUUCAUUAAGCAUUUGAAAAGAGAUAAGUACUGGAUUGGAUUGCGCAAGAAAGGUGAAAACUUCUACUGGGAGAAUGGUGUUCGCUUGGAGGUGAACUUGUUCCAGGUACACAAUCACUCUGAGUAUGCCUACUUGGUCGACUCCACUAUUUAUACAUCAUCAUGCUCUAUGCCCAGGCGCUGUAUAUGUAUCUAG